AUGUUCAAAAAAGAUUUCCAACCCGGAUCACGAUCAAAAGUCAAGUCCUCCGUACAACGAGGCCUCCGCUCCAAACUCAUCGAGACCUACCCUGGCUUUGAGCCGUACAUUGAUGAAAUAAUGCCCAAGAAGGCUUCCCUGGAAGCCGUGAAACUGCCGGAUCGAACUACCCUAUACACAAUCGACUCAACCCCUCUCUUCUACCAACCCUUCGACGGCCCUCCAAUCCCUCACCUCAAACUAAUCCAUUCCUUUCCCGAUGCCGUGCCCAAAAUCCAGAUUGAUCGUGGCGCAAUACGAUUUGUGCUUUCAGGAGCCGCUCUGAUGGCGCCGGGUUUGACAUCGGCGGGUGGUCGGUUACCAGAUAAAGAGCAUGCGUUGGCGGCGGGGGACGUUGUUGCUGUGAGCGCGGAAGGGAAGGAGGAGGUUUGUCUUGUAGGACCGUUGAAGAUGGGGACGGAGGAGAUGAAGGAAAAGGGAAAGGGGGUGGUUAUGGAUGCGGGACAUUAUUUGGGGGAUGGGCUUUGGAAGUUGAGCUUGGAUUAG